AUGGAAGUUUUCGAUCCAACGGAUGAUGAUCUGAAGGAUUUUGUGGAAAAAAGCCUCAGCGGACGCACUUUCCAGUCGUUCGCAGAAAGCCUAGACAUUCCUGUAGAUCCAUCACUUGCAGCCAGUAGCGAAACAGAAGACGACAGGGAGACCCAAGCAGUGAGAAUACUGCACCAAUGGAGGCAACGGGACAAUCAAGCAACGAUGGAGAAACUACGCCGAGCAAUGCGCGAAUCAACGCUAGAGGAGACGUCCAGCAAUCCCAGGAAAAUUGCUGCUAGUUAUCAAUCUGUGCGAGAUGCAGAGCUCAAGCAGUUGUUUGCUGUAUUCCACGAGUCAGAAGAGUCGAGAAAUUUCCGAGUCGUUGUGUUACACGGUGCUGCAGGAAUGGGCAAGACGUUCCUCGCAAAGGAAUUUGUUGAGAAAUACACGGCUUUCUACCCUGAUGGUGUUGUAUGGAUAUCUGCUGAGUCAUCCUUGUCCAUCCAUCUAUCACAUCAUACUGCAAUCACUCUACACAACUAUCACACAUUCAAUCAUUUUGUUGAUGAUCUUCGAACCGUGCAGGCCAUUGCAAGUGAGAAGAAAGGAAUUCUUUUUGUGUUUGACAAUGCACAGGACUUGGAGCUCGUCAAAUCAUGCAUGCCACCCAUCACUUCUAAUGCGCAUGUCUUGGUCAUAACGCGUAGUCAGUCUUUCCAAGGUGCGUGGGCUGAUGUCCCCAAGUUUCAGUUGCAACCACUGGAUGAAGAUCGAGCAAUUAGAAUCAUGAAAACAUACACGGCAGUUGAUGAAGAACUGCAGGAUGAGGCACUCAAGCAGUUGAUUGGAAAGGAUAUGGCUGCAUGUCUACCCCUUGCAUUGGUCUAUGCUGCUCAGAAGUUGAAAAUGAAUCAUCAUGUUAAUCCUUCAAGCUAUGUGGAGAUGUUCUCGAAACAUGUCACGACCGUGAGAGAGCAGUUAUCCAAUGUGUCUGGCUGGCUGAAGUUUUAUCAUUUGAGUCACUUGGAGGAAGAUCUAAAGCUAAAAUUUGAUGUCGAGUCUGUUGGGGAUAUCAGGUCAUUGAGCGACGGCCAGAUCCAACGGUUGGGACUGUCAUUCUUUGAUCAGAGACGGCUGAAAGCUGGCGUUGUGCAACUUAAGUCGGACAAACCCAUCAAGCUCCCACUAUGGGAGAUGGAUAUUCAUAAUCUAUCCAGUCAAUCUAGUCAUGCGUGGAAGAUACUGUCUUACUGUGCUCUGCUCUCUUUAGAACCAAUUUCAGAAUAUAUUCUCAGAGAAUGCUUAAUGGAACAUAUCAGUCCAUUCUCUGAACAGAAGUUUAGAGAAACCCUAACCCAACUCAUAGACACGGGUUCCAUUUUGCAAGAGUGUGGAGUAUCCUCGGCCGGUAACACUCGUUAUUGUGUGCCAUCACGGAUACAACAGUAUGUGAGACGUUAUCAUCUCACUGACUUAGAUGUACAAUAUAGUCUCAUUAUUUUGAGCCAUGUGAUAGCCCGUCACCUGCCUUCAUCCAAAGACAUUCCAUCAGCCUUGCAGUGUAUGGAUCCACUCCUAGUGGAGAUGCUGUCUCACACGCAGGCUGUAGCUAAGACAGUAAAUCAAGCCAACAUACUGGAUCAAACGUGUGAAACAAUUGUUGAUUUUGUCCGAGUUGUGGCUGUGACUAUAAAUGAUCCAUGGCUGGAGUUGUCACUGUGCCAGCAAGGAGUGAAACGAGCUCUUGACAAGCGUUUACAGUCUGCAGAAGUUGCGUCUCGUAUGCUUGACUUGGCUGUCUGCUUUGCUACAAGGCAACAGUAUGAUGAGUGUCAGCAAACUCUUCACGAGGCACAAGUCAUUAUCAACCAACUCCAGGAACCAUCAGUAUUCAUCAAUAUACGAGUUUUCUUGCUACAGACAACAGUGUUUUCAAUACAGAUGAUGUUUCAUACUCAGUUUGCAGGAAGCAGACUAUCUGAGAUGUAUUUGUCAGGGCAAGGUUCAACUGCAAGACUAACUGAUUUGGUGACACAAUAUGCCCUCAAGUCUGAGGAUGCUCAAAUUAAAGAGCUAAUGUCCAUCGUAGUGUCAAAGACAUCUGAAUCAACAAAUCCAGCCAAUGCAGUAGCACCUCACUACAUGAAUAGAAUAUCCAUGUUAGGAGUGAAAAGUUCCAGUAAGAUCUUGCAUGGUAUUAUGCAAGAUACCUUGAAGAAUAUGAGUGCACAACAGAUGGCAGAAAUGGCAGAUAUUGACGCCAACUUCCAUCUGAUGGCAACCACUAAUAGAAGAGUAUGGAAAGCUCUGCUUAGCAGAGACGUUGCAACCAAUGUAAACCUCCAGAGCCUGAACUAUUGGCAAAGUUGUGGUCAAUAUCUCUAUAAUGUCAGCAAUGCUAAAAAGGCUCUCUUGGUGUUCCAAAAAAUACUAACAAUGUUACAGUGUUGUUUGCCAUCCGGUCACCGUUCAAUCGGAGAGACAUUGAAGUGGAUAGGAGAUUGUCAUCUGGCAAUGGAGGACACCCCACAAGCAUUUGAUAACUAUUUUCAAGCAUCCCGUAUUCUCUCACUUGCUAAUCAAAGUGCUACUGAACUAGCAAAGUUUUAUACUAAUUUAGCAAAGUCAUGUUCACAGUUUAAGCCGGAGCUUGCUGAAGAGAAGCUCAUGCAUUCUCUUCAGCUGUUUGAGAAGAUGGCCGAUCCUCUCCUAAUACUUGCUGCCAGCUAUGAACUUGCUGACCAUUUCUAUUCGCAAAAGCGGUUUGACCGUGUUAUAGAAAUAUGUCAGAGUGCUGAUACAAGACUGGUUGAACAAUUGGGACAGUUGAACAUGGAGAUACCAGGACAGAUGAUCUGCAUGACUUUGAAUGCAACCAAACUGUCCAGCUUGGUAAUUCAUUCUCUAAAAGAAAUGGGAGAAUAUCAGACUGCUCUUGUCAGCUCAGAAGCCGUAUUCAACGAGGAAAAUCAAGCAACUGUCAUGGUCGAAAUGUUUGCUUCAGGUCGAUCUGUCAUGGCAGAUAUCAAGGUGUGUGUAGGUGACUGCUUAUUGGCUGAAAACCUCAAAAUGGAAGCUUUGUCAAGUUACCGUGAGGCUCUAUUGCUUUACGAGAAAAGCACUGGGAAAGGUGACCCCAAGAUGAUUGCCGGAUUGCUGUCUCUAGCUCGAUUCCACCAAACAACUGCAAUGACUCGAAGCAAUGAGGAUCACGCCAUCAUUACCAGCAUGGAGGCUUUAUCACAGGUCGAUACAGAGAGGAAAUUAGACAAGUGUCAUGUUGAAGAUCUUGGUAACCUUGUUACCUACUUUGUCACUGUUGGAGAUCAAGACUCUGCUCAGAUGUGUUUGGAAGCAUCAAUGGCUGUAUCUGAGCUCAUAGAACGUACUGAUAGGGCGACAGAUUGUAUUGAUGAAGAUAUUGUACUCCCAUGGAGUGAUUCAGAACCUAUUCCACAUGAAAUGGAGACUCGAGCAACUGCCUCAAGUAACAAAGUAACACGUGUGUCAGAUGACUUGCCUGCCUCUAUGUCGUAUUCUAUAAAACCAUUGUCUGAUGUAACUAUGAGGGAUCUGGUAGCAUGGAGUUGCACUGCCAGCAUGUUUGCCCAAGUUCAAGAAAAUGACAAGUCAGUAAACACAGAACACGAAACAUAAACUACUAUUUUCCGUACAAAUUGCACCUUUGAUAUAUGUUUUGCAUGUAAGCAUGACUACAAUGUAAACAUGACUACAAGUGUUACAUAAGCAUAGAACUGUUGUAUUAUCAUGAUGCAUCUCUUUGACAGGGUCAAAUUGUGUUAAACAUGUUGGAUAAAAUGAGGUCAUGUGAAGUCUAUCUAGUAGCCAAAGUUCAAUAACAAUCUGGCUAUGAAAGACGAGACUUUGAUAGCCUUAUAUGCAAGCUCCCUUGAACUUGCCAUA